ACGGCCCGAAGUAAAGUAUGUUGAGCCCAACAGUUAAUGGGGACAAGCGAAAUGGACAAAGAUUGCCCUAACUCUACAGUGCAUAUAUUUGACUAUUUCAGUUGAGGUUUCGGGUUAAACGGAGUAUUCGGCGCUUGUUAUGGUUCCUCAACGAAGAGUGUAGGCGUUCACGGUGCGGCGGCGGCGGAGGCAGUGGAGGUGGCUGCCGCUUCUCGUGCACCAUUAUUCUGCAUCUUCUAAAACUGCCAUACCAUUGAGGAAAAGCAUCAAGUGUUAAAGAAAACAUAGCAGUGAGUCUAGACUAGACUCACUUAUACAAGGUCAGAAUGAUUGCUUUGCCAGAUGCUUGUAGGAGUGUGAUGUGUACAGUCCUGUAUUUGAGCACAAUAAUAAUGGGUUGGAGUAAGGGCAAAUAAAUCAUCACAUGAUCCUACACUGACUUGCUAAUGCCAAUGAGAGCACUCGAAAUCUUGAAUGCAGGCUCGAAUGCAAGAUCAGAGUGCACUGUAGGUCAACACCAGACCAAGGUCGGAAGUUCUUGCCGGGAUUCACUCCUCACUGUAAAGGACAACAAAGCUCUACAUCGAGAAGGGCUGAGGCAAAACCGCAGAACCAGGCUAAGCACAGCCGUGACAUUGUAUAGGGAAAAGGCGGAACCAAGGGAGUUCUUGUUUCUCGAAUAGAGCCAUAGGUCAGUGUUACUUGCUAAGCAAUCCAAACAUAUUCCUCUCUCCAUGCAAAAAUGCACAACCCUCAACCACCUCAAACAAAUUCAUGCUCAUCUGCUCAAACUCCCCGAGAGCCCUUCCUCCAUCGCCCCGCUUUUCUCCUUCGCCGUCUCCUCAAAGAACCCAACUUUCUUUGGGUACGCGACUGCCGUUUUUCAGAACCUUCAGUUCCGAAGCACAUUCCUGUACAAUACAAUGAUCAGAGGAUAUGUGCAAUCCCAUUUGCCUGUGUCCGCAAUUCUUUGCUACAAAGAGAUGCUCAGCUGUAAUCUUAUUGUCAACAAUUAUACGUUUACACCCCUUGUCAAGGCAUGCUCUAUGGUCUUAGACGUCUUUAAGGGAAUGGGGUCUUCAGUACAUGCCCAGAUACUGAAACUAGGGUUUUAUCAAGAUCGUUUUAUUGCUAGUGCGUUGAUUGAGUUUUACUCGUUGGCACUUGAUGUGGAUAAAGCCAGUGUGCUGUUCGAUGAAAUUCCUGAUAGAGAUGUGGUGUUGUGGACAACAAUGAUUGAUGGGUAUGGGAAAAUUGGGAAGGUCCAGAAAGCCAGACAACUAUUCGAGGAAAUGCCAAGCAGAAAUGUCAUCUCUUGGAGCACAAUACUGGCAGCUUAUUCACUGCCUGUGCUCAUCUUGGCUCAUUAGAGCAAGGCUUAUGGAUUCACUCCUUGGCAAAGCGUUACAGGUAUGAUUCAAACCUUAUCUUAGCCACUGCAAUAGUGGAUAUGUACUCGAAGUGUGGUAGAAUGGACUUUGCUCUAUCUGUCUUUGAGGGAAUAUCUUGCAAAGAUACCGGAUCGUGGAAUGCUCUUUUAUCAGGAUUUGCAAUGAAUGGAGAUGCAUUAAAAUCUCUUCGGGUCUUUGAUGAAAUGGUGUCAAGUGGGGCACAACCUAAUGAGACCACAUUCGUUUCUCUUCUUUCUGCCUGCACUCAUGCUAAACUAAUAGACAGCGGCCUUAUAUUAUAUGACAAAAUGAGUAGUGUUUAUGGGGUGAAACCAAGAUUUGAGCAUGACGCAUGUGUGGUAGAUCUCUUAGCAAGGGCUGGUAAGUUAGAGGAAGCCGAGAAGUUCAUUGAAGAGAAGAUGGGCGGUAUAGAAAAGGGUGAUCCUAAUGUUUGGGGGGCAUUAUUGAGCGCUUGCAGGGUACACGGUAAUGUUGAAGUUGGUGACAGAUUUUGGAAAAAACUCUCUUCUAAUCCAAGGACAGCCCCCUAUGGCGCUCACAUGCUUUCUUACAUAAUGUAUAAGGAGGCUGGCUGGGAUGCAGAGGCUAGGAAGGUCAGACAAAUGAUUGAGAAGUCUGGAUUAAAGAAGAAACCUGGAUGUAGUGCUAUAGAAGUGAAUGGCGUGGUUGAAGAAUUCCUCGCGAGUGAUCUCUUGCAUCCUAAGGCCCGCGAAACAUGUGAUUCUCUAGUUAAUGUGAUGUAUUUAGCUCAGUAAAGGAGUUCCAGAAUUUAGCAUAAUGCAGUGUUUUUCAUGUCAUAAUUUGUGUACAAUGAAUUGAUGAAUCAUUAUCCACUGGAAUAACAUUUUUUUUGUAAAUCUUUUCUUGGAUUGGGUUAGAAAGAAUUAUAAUCUUUCUUCCCCUCUAAAAUUUUAGGUGGAGCUAGAAACGGAUUGAAUACCAUAACUUUAG